AUGGUCAAAUCCAAACCCUUCAACGGCAUUCAACCCCAGAUAUUGGAGGAUACAUCGAGCGAUGACCCGUGGGAUGAACUCCCAAAAAUUGAAUGCCCCAAGAACAAACAACCGCAUCAUCACAGGAAAUUCUACUUCGCCAAUGUCGUGUUCCAGGUCGAGGACGUUUUGUUUUCUGUGCCUAGGCAGACUCUCGAACGAAACUCGAUCGUUUUCCGGGACAUGUUUGAAAACCCGGUUCCCGAGGGGACAGAUGCCGAAGGCGUUGGUGACGACAACCCCAUCCGUCUCGAAGGUAUCGAACUAAACGACUUCGAACAGCUGCUCGACGUCUUGUUCCAGUCGCUGCCUGGACAAGAUCCGGUACUUUCUUGCGGCCAAUGGGUGUCUGUGCUCAAAUUGUCCACCAUGUGGCAGUUCGAUCAUAUACGGUCGCUCGCCAUCCGAACGCUAUCGGUGAUCCCGAUGGAGGCCGUUAGUAAGGUUGUGUUGGCGAAGACUUACAAUGUCGAGGAGUGGAUCGUGCCCUCCCUCAACGAGAUUGCUAGACGAAGUGAACCGAUUGGCGUCGAAGAUGCAGCGCAACUGGGGCUUGAAUGGGCGCUCAAGCUUGCUGAAGUGCGGGAGAGCCUGGUAUCAACGCAAAUCAACACAAACCAGCGACAGUAUAAUUGCCAUAUUUGCGGAGAGUAUCAAAACAUCGAGCAGCAAAGCAUCAAGAGAAGCACCUAUGAUUUCACGCAGCAGAUUCGCAGGGUUUUUGCGAUGGGGUAG